AUGGUGGUGAUAAAGCAGGCGCCAGCAUCGUGUCCCCGGAGCCUGGACUGUGCCCUGCAGCGCCGGGAGUUCUGCCCGCCAGGAUCGGGCGCCUGCGGCCCCUGCCUGCCCCCCUUCCAGGAGGACGACCAUGGGCGAUGCAUCCAGAAGCAGCUCUCACCCAGCGCCAUGCUGGUGACCGCCUGUGCCACUGGCCCUGCCAGCACCCAGGGGUGCCCAGGAGCCCAGGGACAGGAGGGGGCACAAGUGGCUGCUGGGGUGUUCUGGGAUGAGGACUUUUCAGAGUCCACGCAGAGCCUCAGGCUUUGCAGGAGCAGGCUCUCUCCCGGCACAGGGCGGACGUCUGUUCCCAGCUUGGAGGAAGAAAUUGAUUUUCUGGCAGACGUGCUGGCCAGGCAUGAGGCUCCUCGCCCCCACUCGCUGCGGGAUGGCAAGCCUAGGACCACCCCAGUCCCCACCGAUGGCAGACAGCGUGUGGCCAGCGGGCUGAGAGUGGGGCUUCUGCAGCAGGGUCCCUCCGGCAGCAAGGCAGCAGCCACCCUCCCCACCUCCACCAGCGCUGCAGUCCCGAAGUACCCAGUGGAGGCAUCUCCCAUCCCUUCAAAUGACGACAUGGUGCUUGGGCUGAUUGUGGUGUGCACGGUGGCCGGGAUCUCAGCAUUGAUCGUGGCUGCAGUCUGCUGGUGCAGGCUGCAGAAGGAGGUCAGGCUGGCACAGAAAGCAGACUACUCGGCACAGCGAGUGGCCAGCCCCUUGCCCUACGACAAGAUCUCGCCUGGGGACAAGACGCUGGCUCAGAGUGCCCAGAUGUACCACUAUCAGCACCAAAAGCAGCAGAUGCUCUCCAUGGAGAAGCAUAAAGAGGAGCCCAAGCUGCCAGACUCGGCCUCAUCUGACGAGGAGAAUGAAGAUGGAGACUUCACGGUGUACGAGUGCCCCGGGCUGGCUCCGACCGGAGAAAUGGAAGUGAGGAACCCGCUGUUUGACGACUCCUCCUUACACCCCUCCAACCCCAAGUCGCACCAGUAACACCCCUCCUCUCCUCUGCCCGAGCUCGCUACGGACUGUAC